UCCACAUCAAAAUGCAAACCAGAAUCGUCAUCGCAGGGGCAGGCUUCGCCGGCGUGUGGAGCGCUCUCUCCGCCAAACGUCUCAUUGGGCUUCAAGGCAAAGAAGACGAUAUCGAAGUCGUUGUCGUUGCUCCGGAGCCAACCCUGGUCCUUCGCCCACGGCUUUACGAGGCAAAUGCUUCCGGCAUGACGCAUCCUCUUGGUGCCCUUUUCAACGAUGCCGGUAUCAACUUCAUCAGGGGCACUGUCGAGAGCAUCCAUACCGAGGAGCAAACCGUCAAUGUACGACAUGUGUCUGGCCCAGCGUCCACGAUCAAGUACGAUAGGUUGAUUUUAGCUGCCGGAAGUACUGUUUCGCGCCCCAGUAAGGUUGCUGGUGUACAGGAACAUACCUUCGACAUUGAUGCUCUCGAUUCGGCAACCAAACUCGAAUCCCAUCUCCACAGUUUGGCCUCUCUUGCUGCAAGCCCAGGCCGUGACACGAUCGUCGUUUGCGGAGGGGGCUUUACUGGCAUUGAGAUAGCGACUGAGCUACCUAAGCGCUUUCCUAACGCUCAUAUUGUUCUUGUUGAAAAUGGGACCGAAAUUGCCUCAGGGUUUGCUCCCAGCUCUCGAGCCAUCAUCAAGAAGGCCCUUCAAGAUCUUAAGGUGGAUGUUAAACUGGGAUCGGCAGUUACAUCCAUUGAUAGUGAGGGAAUAUUGCUUGCCUCGGGCGAGCGCAUCGAGACAAAAACGCCUAUAUGGACUGCCGGAGUGAGGGCAAGUCCGUUAACACAGCAAAUCUCGGGAGCAAAAGAUGGACUUUCUCGCCUACACGUGAAUCAGAACCUGCGAGUUCUGACUGACCCCCACGUCUUUGCUACGGGUGACGCGGCUUGUGCUGUCGCAGACACCAACGGUCACCAUGCGUUGAUGUCCUGCCAGCACGCCCUCGUUCUGGGCCGGUUUGCUGGUCACAACGCGGCUGCAGACCUGCUUGGUGAACCCAUGAUGCCGUACUCACAAGCGGCAUAUAUUUGUUGUCUUGAUCUGGGUGGGUCCGGUGCGGUGAUUGCUCAGGGCUGGGAAAAGGAGUUGAAGCUCCAGGGUGACGUGGCGAAGGGAGUGAAGACCCUUAUCAACCAGCAGCUGAUCUACCCUCCGCAGAAUGUCGAAGAGGCUAUGGCUGCGGCGGACCCUAUUGGCCCUGAUUCUGAUCAGCUACUUGAGCAGUUGAUUCAAGUUGUGGGAUGAAUUCAAAAAAGGCCUGGGGCCCGACAGUAACUGGCAAGGGUGUAAUGAGGUUGGUAGAUGGCGAUAAGCGUUGCUAUAAUUUCCUAAUUCAUCGGUAAAGAUCAGUCUUUGUUUGAAUGUGUAUUGUCAGUGAUUAGUUCUAGUUGAAGACAAAUAUCAUACCUGCUGUUCAGUGCUU